CCCAAAACAAAAAAUUAAGCGAAGAUAUUUUAAUUUUUAACAACUAUAGAAUGAAUGAAGCAUUUGAUAUUAAGGAUCCUGAUAGUGAUUAUGAUACUUACGAUGAUAGUACAAGUUCUAUAACCGUUGAAAAAAGUAUUGCAUCUGAAGGUGCAAUAGUUAAUGAAAGCAUUGAAAUACAACCAUUUAUAUGGGAUAAAUUUGCUUUUAAACAGGCUCAAAUAUUGGCUAAUAAAAAAAAAAUAAUAAUGAUUGUGAAAUCAAAUAAGAAGAUCUAG